UUUGAACAUGAGAUUUCAUUUUUGUUAAAAGCUGCCCCCACUUUUCUUUAAGAAUUCGGCAAGUCAUUCAUAGACAACGGGUCAUUUUGAAGAUGUUGUAUUUACCCUUUUCAAAAUAAAUGCUGUAUCCAGUUAAAUCAACUUAUGGGAACCUCAUCGAGGAGCUUUGUGUUUUGAAAAUACCCUUUUUAUGCUAACUGGGUCAGUAUGGCUCAGCCGCUCUCUGUGGAUUUGCUUUGUUGAAACAUUGCUGAGAAUAAGUGGUGUGCCCCGAGUCAUAUGACCCAGUCAGCACCAAGGAGGCGGGACCCAGUAACUGCACACUCAGCAAGGACGAGGAAGCCUGCGGGUUCCGGCGGAUGGUUCCAAGGAAAGCUCACUAGGACACUUCUGGAACAACUGGAUAAAGAGUUUUUGGAUCCAAAGCGCUAAAUCAUGAUGACCGGAUUCCGACUGAACUUGUCCCCGCUGAAGGAGCCGCUGGGCUUCGUCAAACUGGUGGAGUGGCUCACGGCCAUAUUUGCUUUUGGAAGCUGUGGCGGCUACUCGGGGAAGAACAUCAUCUCUCUGUUCUGCGGCGAAGGCAGGAACGACACGCUCGAUGCCAACUUCCACUACCCGUUCAGGUUGAGCCAGGUCCCGCUCGUCCAGGGGAACGCCACUCUCUGUAACCAAUCGGUCACCACAACACACAUGGUGGGAGACUCCGCCUCCUCCGUGGAGUUCUUUGUGGGCGUGGCCAUCGUCUGCUUCCUGUACAGCAUGGUGGCUCUGCUGGUGUAUUUGGGCUACAUGCACGUCUACAAGGACUCUGACUUUGGACCCAUCUUUGACUUUCUGAUCACCGCCAUCGUGGUCUUCCUGUGGCUGGUGUGUUCCUCCGCCUGGGCGAAGGGUCUGCAGAACGUGAAGGAUGCCACGGACACUGAGGGCAUCAGCAACACGCUGGCCCUCUGCAAGGGGGCCAACGUCACCUGUGAGGUCACAGAGUUCACCAGCAUGCGGCCCCUCAACAUCUCUGUGGUGUUUGGCUACCUCAACAUGCUCGUGUGGGCGGGGAACGCCUGGUUUGUGUACAAGGAGACCCGCUGGCACUCCCAGAAGUUCUCUACUCAGCCCGGACCUGGAAGACAGCAGGUCCCUGCACCCAUAUAGAGCCCCACACACACACACACACACACACACACACACACACACACACACACACACACACACACACACACACACACACACACACACACACACACACACACACACACACACACACACACACACACACACAUAGCAGACACAAGGCCACAACUUGAGCUUAUGCACACUGUGUGCAUGCGCCACGUGUGAUAGGAGACAUGAGUAUGUGCAAACACGCUCUAUGAAGAUGAUAGAGCCACAAGAUGAAGGAGAAAAAUACAUUCACGGCAUACUUGAUCUGAUAAUCGUUCUAAAAGUAAUAUACAUUUCCUAAAAAGGAGGCUGUGACGGGAGAAAGUGUGAAGAUUAGACUUUUUAGUUUUGAUUUCUUGCAGGACCUGUUUCAUAUACUAUAGCAAAACCAAUGCAAUAAGUACGUCCAGUCCUUUUAAACGUGCCUUAUUACAAUUACUCCUUGUCUUAUGCUUUAGUGAGCAUGCACAGACAACGACCAAAUGCGUUGAUAUUUUAAACUUUUGAGCUCCCAUCAGUUCCCAUUUUAGGACAAUGGCUGAACAUACUGUUCUUUAUUAAAUACUGAUGAAUGUAAGGUACUUUGUCUAUGAUGUAAAUCCAACCACAAUUAACACUAUUUUAUUGUUUAACAUCCGUCACAGCAGUAUUCAUGUGAUGCAGAUUUUCAGGGUAACAGAGGAGUUGUCUCUGGUGCACUAUGAAGCAUUAGACCACAUAUUAUCAGAAAUGUACAUUCAUGGUGUUUUCGACACAGCUUAUUGCAUAAAUGUCAUAUUGGCCUUCAAACUGAGCCAGGCAUGUUGUGUUGACGUUUUAGUAUUUUUAUUUUUAGAUUAGAUAGAUUAGAUGUUUAGAAUGAAAGCAACUUGUGUAAAUGGAAAAGGACUCUCUCAAAUGUUCAUUCAUUUUCUCAUUCAGAGGCUCUCUCCCUGUUGGGUCAGGCGCUCUCUAGUGGUGGGAUAGCGGUUAUUGAAAUGCCUGGAUAAAACAUAUACAUUUGCAAAUGAUAUUGACUUUUUAUGAAUGAAACUGAUGAGGUGAAUCCGUCUGAAGGUGCUGAUUCUUCACUGAUUGGUGUACAGGUUAGAUAUAUUUAUAAACCCGAAGAAAAAUACAGGAAAACUGUGAGCGACUCGUAGGGUUACUGCAAAAUCCCUAACCUACUUUAGAACUCAAAAACAUCCAAUCAAGGCUUUUUAUAACAUAUAAUGAGAUCCAAACGUAUUCAGCCACCAAGUGUUUUACUACUUUAAGCUAAAGUAGAAAAUACGAAACAAGUAUAGCAAUACUCUCCUUUAAAAACGUCCAAUUUCAACAAGCUGUGAAGUGUUUUCUUCUAGAACAUCUAAAAUCCAGAGGAGUAAAAUGACCUUUUACUUCUCUAACAUCUCAGAAGUGGUUCGUAAUCCUGUAUAUACAUUUCUUAUCACGACAUGCACAGUGCACUCACAUGGUACUUAAUAUGCAAGAGUGAAAAUCCCUUAAACAAUACUUGAUUGACGACUUUGAUUCAUUAAGACUCAACUAAGGUACCAAAUGAAGGUUAAGCACUUCUAGAUUGUUGUUUUGAAUGUCCUUUUUUAGUUUUGUUUACCACUUCUUGCAUCAAUAGCUCGGCCAGAGCAACAUGUUUCCUCCUGUUUCAGCUCAUUCCACAUUUCCAUGUAAUGUAAAAUCAGUUCUUUUUGUUUGUCUAGUUUUUUAUAAAUCCUGUAUAAGACACCAAACAGUGAGCUGGUGUUGUGUUUUUAUAAAAUGUCAUUCUUUUUGUCUUAUUUUCAGCAUAUUUAGAUGAUUAUUUGAAAGAAUAUGAAGUUCAGAUUUUCUUUUUUGUGUGUUUUAUCUUUAUAAAUAAUGUCAAUGUGAUGAUGUAAACUCCUUUAACUGUGCUUUAAGUUAAAUGGAUGUGUGUGUGGUGUACUGGUUAUGCCUCUGCAUUCUUAUAAUCAUCAUCCAACUAGCUUUAGCUUUGUCAAUGAUUCCUGUGCAUUCGACCUGCCAAACUGAGACACUCUGUGACAUGCACAAUUUCUAUGUACCUUUGUUUUUUUUAAAUAAAAAUGAAUGACGUUUUUCAUUACAAGUACA